CCUUAACGCACAUUUAGUAAUGUACAGUUAACUCGAAGCAAAAGUUAAGAAGAUUAAGUUAUCAUGCAUUGAUUGCAACGUUAUUUGCAGUAUUUAACGUUACGCUAUAUUAUACCGUUCUUUUUAUAAUAAUCGAACCUUUUUGUCAUACAACUGUCAUAUAACAAAUAAAAGUUUAUGAAAUUGUUUUUGUUAUAAAAUGUGUCAUAGAAGAGAUGUAUUGAAAACAUUUUUUAUCUAUUUUCUUGACAAAAGUAAUUUUAUACAUAAAAAAUAGUUCUCACGCAAUUAAAGAACACGUACUGCUGCAAACAAGAAAUUAUCGUUUGUCAGGCAGAUUUUGUUUAAAAAAAACGUAUACUCGUGUUUUUUACCGAAAACAUUCGUCACUGCACACGAGAAAAAUCAAUUUGAUUAAACUAUGAAUAACAAUGAUUAAAGUACUCGAGAAAGAAGCGUUUGACAUACGACGAGGCGACGCCAUUGGCUGUGACGCCUGUCAAGACUCAAGACGCUUAUUUAUACACAGCUGUAGUGUGCAACACGUGCGUACCCGUGAGCACAUUUACUAUUAGGAGGAUCACGGUUUUAACUUUAAUUUUCGUCGACAUGGGGGUCCACGACAACGCAGAUUCGAAAUAUAUCGUUAUGGGUACUUCGAGUUUCUCGAAAUUGGCACCGAAACGUCCUACUACCGUUGUAUUUAACGAAAGUUCGAGCAAAAUCCAAAAAUUCGAGGAUAAUCAACAAAACGUUCAAGCAGAAAAUGUGGAUAAAGGAAAUAAUAUUAGUUUACAACAACAAAGGAAGUCUUUACCGGUCUAUAAGCUUCGUAAGCGGCUACUCGAAGAGAUUCGCAGAAACAGCACUCUAAUCAUAAUUGGCGAAACGGGAAGUGGCAAGACCACGCAAAUUCCGCAAUUGUUGCUCUCGUCUGGUAUCGCAGGCACUAUCGGUUGCAUCGGUAUCACUCAACCUCGAAGAGUAGCGGCGGUGAGCGUGGCUCGCAGAGUUGCACAGGAGCAAGGAGUAGAACCGGGUAAAUUGGUCGGUUAUUGCGUACGUUUCGAGGACGUGACUUCGUCGCAAACGAGAAUCAAGUAUCUGACCGACGGAAUGAUGGUUCGCGAGGCGAUGACCGACGAGAUUUUAUCGGAUUAUUCAGUGGUGAUCCUUGACGAGGCUCACGAACGCUCGGUGCAAACUGACGUAUUGCUCGGCGUGGCGAGAAGGGCACAAAAUUUACGAAAGCUUAAGAACCUGCCGCCGCUGAAGCUGCUCGUAAUGUCAGCUACGAUGGACGUCGAUAAGUUCAGCAAGUAUUUCCAAGCACCAGCAGUGUACUUAGAGGGUCGUCAGCAUCCGGUGAAGAUUUAUCACGCCGUCAAAUCGCAGGAGGAUUAUGUGUUCUCUGCCCUUGUUACAGCUUUCCAGAUUCAUCGCGACAACCCUGCUAACGAGGAUAUUCUGGUUUUUCUAACCGGGCAAGAAGAAAUAGAGGCUGCGGCUGCGAGCGCCAGACAAGUAGCUAAACAAUUGGAUGGGCAGGGUUAUCCAUCGUUGAAGGUGUUUCCAUUGUACUCGGCUUUGCCGACGCAUCAACAAUUGGAAGCCUUUAAACCAUCCGCUCCUGGAAUGAGAAAGCUGAUUUUGUCGACCAACGUGGCUGAAACCUCCGUUACCAUCGGCGGAAUUCGACACGUGAUCGACACCGGAGUGGUGAAGGCGAGAACUCAUCACCCGACCACCGGAUUGGAUGUGCUCAGGGUGGAAAAAGUCUCAAAGGCACAGGCCUGGCAGAGGACCGGCCGAGCUGGCCGGGAAGCGGCCGGCACAUGUUACAGAAACUACACCAAGGAGGAAUUCGAGAGGAUGAAGGAGAUGUCUGUGCCAGAGAUACAAAGGUGUUCCCUCGCGGGAGUAGCCCUGCAGCUGCUUGCUAUCGGGGUCGACAUCACCACCUUUGAUUUUAUGGACAAACCACCGAAGGAGGCCGUUGACGUUGCUGUGACCUGUCUGGAAAAAUUGGGCGCCGUUAAGGGUUCUCCACCACAGCUGACUACCCUUGGAAGAACAAUGUCCUUGUUUCCGUUGGAUCCACGGUUCACUAAGGUGAUUCUUGCAUCCGCGGAGCAUCAAUGUCUCGAAGAAGCCCUCACCGUCGUCGCUCUAUUGUCAGGAGAGUCUGUUUUCACUGAUCCACCUGCGAAAAGACAGCAAGCUUACGUCGCUAGAUCAAGAUUCGCCUCCCCCGAGGGAGACCACGUCACGUUGCUGAACGUUUUUCGCGCGUACGCCAAUACCAAGCAGAAGAAGGUCUGGUGUCACGAGAACUUUCUGCAUCACAGGAAUCUAGAAUACGCCGCGGAGGUGCGACAGCAACUCGCCACAUUGGCGGAACGUGCGAAUUUGGAGAAGGCCAGCUGCGGGACGAAUACCGACCAACUCAGGAAAGCACUCUUCGAGGGUCUCUACGAUAAUCUCGCUGAAUUGCAGAGGGAUCAGACUUACAUCACCGUGAGCUCGAAGCAGCCAGUCGCCAUACAUCCUUCCUCGACGUUGCACGGCAGCAAGCCACCGUUGAUAUUGUUCACGGAGGUUGUAGCCACCGGAAGAUGUUACAUCCGCGGUUUGUCUGUCAUCGACUGCUCGUGGUUGACCGAAAAAGGCACCGGUGUCGGAAAACACGAUUAAACGGAAUCUGCAAUCUUCGUUACAAGCGUUCCCGUUUUUGUCCCGAAUCGUUGUAAUCGGGAAGAAUCGACGCAACUCGUUUUUGUACUCUGUACAGUUCUUUAAUAAAGACGAUGAUCUUGUCGGA